AUGGCCGUGGGCGCAGUGUUCUGGAACGCACCACGCGUGACUGCAUCGAACAGCUGGUACCAGAUUCGCCGGUGCUCCAACCUAACGAAGAAAAUGCUGGAGCCACAGCUAAUAAUGCUUCUGUUCUCGACACCACCCGGUAAGCAGACCAUCAACAAGGAAGACCUGCCGGAAGUGGAUGAAGAGGUUAAGUUCGAGCUUGAGUCUUGGGCUAGUGGAGUCUAG